AUGGCUGCAAGAGAGUCUACACCAAUUGCUCCAUAUACUCUGGGGUCGCCGUCGGCGCCCCUGAUCGCAAUUCCAGUGGCCGGUGGCCGACAGCCAACAAAAGAUGGUGACAUUGCUCUCAAAUCGACACUCGAUCUCUCACCCUCCUCUCUGCAGGCGGCUGUCUGCGGCCUUUCAUCUGAUGAGCUAGCCGUAGUAAUGCCUAAAGAGAGUGCCACUGCUUCUACAGAUAGGUCUGAGAGCUGGGCGUACGAGAUGCGAUGGCAGGCUCAGCCUAUUCUUGAUUUCCUUUAUUUGGGGCCGACUGCAGCCGUCAAAGAUGUCGACUUUAUGCGCAAUUCUCAGAUUACGCUACUUGUCAUAAUUCGAGAUUCGAGGAUGAGAAAUACCAAAGCGCAGGUUGCAGAAAGGAUUUCAAGUGAGCUGGGAUUCCAAAUUCGUUACGCAUAUGUCGACGGCACACAAGCAUUAAUCCACGAUAUACCAUCCCUCAUUGAAGACAUUAAUCGGCAUAUUUUGUCCGUAUAUAAUUCCACAAAUGGCAGUUGUCGUGGGAAGGUUCUCAUUACUUGCGAAACAGGCAACGGGCGGUCUGCGGCAGUCGCUGCUGCUUAUCUCAUGCAACUCUACGGUCGAGACGUCGUUACCGUGGUUCAGUUUAUGAUUUUGCAGCGAUUCUGCGUCAAUUUUGAUGAAGACAUCAAACAAAUGCUUACAACUUGGGCUGGUUUACUUAAAGCCAAGGCAUCAGGAUUAUCGCAUGACCUACCCAACAGAGCCAAAAGAAGGAGAGAUGAUGAUGUUAUUGACCAAGAAAUGGAAGAGGACGGGCAGCGUUUUACAGGCCGAGAGAAUUUCGCGCCAUUUAUAGACAAUGAAAUUUAG